ACACAGCCCUCUUGUAUCGACUUCCGUCGUGUACGGUUUACGCAACAGACAAGCCUGGUCUUCGACCGACGAGGGUUCCUCCCGAAUACUUGGAGUACGUAAAAUCUUGAAUAGAACGAUGCUACGCGCCGUAGCGGCACGCGCGGCCUCGGCAGCGCGCACGGGUCUGUUAGCACCGCGAAGUGCGACAGCUGUCACCAGUACGCAGAGCGCCAGGGCAUCUCACGACGGUACCGACGAGGAGUUUGACGAGCGAUAUGUAAAAUUCUUCAGUCGCAACGACAUCGAUCACUGGGAAAUCCGGAAGGCCAUGAACGACCUGGCCGGUAUGGAUUUGGUACCAGAGCCAAAGAUCAUCUGCGCAGCGUUGAAGGCCUGCAGAAGACUGAACGACUUCGCACUCGCCGUGAGGUUCCUGGAAUCUGUAAAAGAGAAAGCUGGACCUUUUGCUAAAACAGUUUACCCAUAUAUCCUUCAAGAGAUCAAACCUACCUUGGAUGAGCUGGGUAUCAGCACACCUGAGGAGCUAGGCUACGACAAGCCAGAAUUGGCCGUCGAAUCCGUGUAUCAUAUGUAACGAACUAAAAGAAUUGAUAAUAUAAAUUCUAGUAUUUAUCUCGGACGCUGCUGUAUGCGUGAUGCAGAAACCUGCAUGAUGAAAGGAUAAUUCAUCAGUGAAACUGAGCUUAUACUUUCCAUGUAUUUGCAUUACCAGCGGCAUUGUUGAAUAAAGAAUCACAGUUGUAAUUAU